AUGGAAUCUCAAAAUGAUAUAAUAAGUUCAUUAAUUUUAUUUAUAAAAAAAAAUAGUAUUGAUGAUGAUUUAAUAUAUACAAAAAAGAUAUAUCAUUUGAUUAAAAAAAAUAAAAUAUCAAGUAAUUUAAAAAUAUUUGAUGAAAGAGAAAAUAUAUUUUAUAGUAUAUCUUCAAUUAUAUGUAAUAAAUUAAAAAUAUACAUCUAUAUAUUAAAAAAUGAAAAUGUUUCUAUUGUUUUUAAAAACUCUAUUUUGGAAAAUAAAAUUAAUGAUUAUAUAAAAAAUUAUGAUAUGUGUAGUAUUCCUAAGAGCUAUUUAGUAAUAGAAUAUUUUUUGAAAGUUUUGACUUUUUGUUUUAACAAAAUAAACAAUAAAGACAAAAUAUUUUUCUUUAGAUUUUUAAAUAAUAUUUCAUUAUUGUUAGAAUUAGAAUACAAAGAAAAUUCUAUAAAUAAAGGACAAUUGACAAUUUUCAGUGAAGAACUAAACAUUAUAAUAAUAAAAUAUAUUAAAAAUUUGUUUAUAUAUGUAUGUCCAUUCAAUAUAUUUGAAAAUAUAAAUGAAUAUGAUUUAAUAAAUAUAGAUAAAAAUGUAGAAUGUUAUGACUCCAAUAAAGAUUACGAUUUAUUUUCAUGUUUAGUUAAUGUUAUAAAAAUUAUUUUAGAAAAUAUAAUAAAUAAAAAUAAAAAAAUAAAAUUGAAAAGUUUAAAAUUAUUGUAUACAAUUCAUCAGAAAAUAGAAAAUGUUUUCAUUAUUAAAAAAUUAUUUAAAGGAGUUAGUCUAAAUCUUUUUAUUCUAUAUAAAAGUUGUGAUAUAAAAAAUUUAAGAAGUUUUAUUAUAAAAAUAUUUUAUUUAUGCUUUGAUAAAAUAUUAAUGCAUUAUUCUUGUAUUCAAAAUAAUUUUACCAUAUUAUAUCUAAAAAAUGAAUGGAUAGAUAUUAAUAAGGUUUACUUAAAUAACGAAAAUUAUAAAAAUUAUAAAAAUUAUUUUACAUUUUUAAAAGAAAAUUCUUUAACCAAAAUGUAUUUUACUGAAAAUGAAGAAAAAGAAAAACCUAAUACACAAGAGGAGAAAAAUGAAAAUAUUAAUUCAGACAAAAAAGUAUAUAUUAAUAAAAUUCAAGAUGAAAAAAAAGAGGUAAAAAUUGAUGAAAUUCAUGAUGAAAAAAAAGAGGUAAAAAUUGAUGAAAUUCAUGAUGAAAAAAAAAAGGUAAAAAUUGAUGAAAUUCAUGAUGAAAAAGAAAAUAUAGAAAUAGAUGAAAACAAAAAAAUUAUCUCAAAUAUUUAUUUUAUAAGUUAUUAUAUUUUGAUUAAUUACGAUGAUAACAUUAAAGAAAUUUUUAAUUUAUGCAAAAUUAUUAUUAAAUAUUUUUAUCUUUUAAAUAAAAAUUUAGUUUUAAUGAGUUUUUUUUUUAUCUUAUCUCAAAUGUUAUAUGACGAUGACAAUUUUUUUACACAUAUUUAUUUUUUAUUUAACAAAAAUAUAAUAGAAUUUUUUGAAUUAAAUAAUAUAUAUAUAGAAGAUUUAGAUGAAAUAAUUAGAAUUUUAAAUAAUAAAAAUUCAUCUAACUUAAUUAAUUUUAAAAAUAAGAAAUUUGAAAAUUGUGAUGAGAUAUUUGAUACUAAGAAAAGGUAUGAUUUAAUUUAUAAAAAUACUUAUUUUUAUAAAGACCUUUAUUCUAUAUUUUUUAAUUUAAUUAAGUUAUUAAAAACUGAAGAAAAUAAUUGUUCUUUAAAUAAUAUAUCUAAUUAUUCUAUUGAAAAUUUAAAUCAUAAUAUAGGAGAUUAUUAUUUUAAAUAUUUGUAUAAUAUUUUUUUAUUCCAAAAGCAAGAUAAUACUUUUCUUCUAAAUUUUUUAAGGGGUUUUUUUUAUUACAAUUUUAUUAAUAAACAGAUUAAUAAAUUUUUAUUUCAAAAAAAGUUUAAUCUUUUAGAUUAUAUAUUACACUUAUAUGAAAUAUCUGAUUUUUCUUGUGUAAAAAAUCAAAAUAAUUUAUCUUUUUCUAAUUAUAACUUACUAAGUGAAGACAAUACUCUUUAUUCUUUAAAUAUAUAUGAAAAUAAAAAUGAACAAGAUAAUCAUUUUAUAACUGAUAAUAUAGAAGAAGAAAUAAAUUUUCAUAAAUUUCAAAAUAUAAAAGAUGGAUUUAAAUUUCAAAAUAUUAGUCUAAUUAACGGUGUAAGUAUUUUUUUUUUUCUUUUCACUGAUGAAAAUGAGAUAAAUAACUAUUUAGAUGAAAUAUUGUUUUCUAGAUGGUAUUGUAAUGAAAGUUUAAUAGAAAAAAAAAUAGAAAAAGAUAAUUUUGUUUUAAAAAAUAAAUGGUGGGAAGAUAUAUAUUAUUUUACUGAUUCAAAAGAAUCAAAUAUAUGUAAUGAUAACCAUAAGAAAGAGAUUAAGGAAAAAAAAGAGAAAAUAGAAAAAUUAAAAAAAAACACUAUAGAUAAAAAAGAAAUAACUGAUGAAAUAUAUAAAAGAAAUGAUAUAGAAGAAAGAAAAGAAGAAUCAUAUAAAUUAGAAGAUAAAUAUAAAUGUUUACAUUUCAUUAAUUUUUAUUUAGAUUCUAUUAUCAUAAUAUUAUAUGUACAUUUUAAAUUGAUGAUAAAAAAAAAAAAAGAUAAUCUACAAAGUCAAAAUAUAAAUACAAACAUUAAUUUAAUAAAUAUUAAUAAUUAUUACGAAAAAAUUUUGCAAAACGAUUUAUUAAAAAAUGUUUUAAGAGAAUAUUCAAAUGUCUUUAAUAUAUUUUUCUCUUUAGCAAUAAAAAUAAAAUUUCUAAAUUUUAAUAUAAAUAUAAAAAAAAUGUUAGAAAAAAUAAUUUUAUUUUUAACUUCCAAUAAUGUAAAAAAGGAUGAAAUAAAAUUAAGGAGAGAAGUAAAAAAAGAUAACGUUUACAUUUAUUAUUAUAUAUCUUUAUUAAUGAUAUGUUUAAAUAAAUGUUUUUGUGUGUUGUUUUUAUGUAUGUAUGAUGAUUUAUUAGAAAAAUAUUUCUACAAAAUUCUGACUUUCUUAAUGUUUAAUAUAAACAGUUCUUCUUCAUAUGUUAAAGAAUUGUCUAAAUAUACUUUAUUAAAUAUUCAUUAUUAUUUAAGUGAAUCAAAAGAAAACAAAAAGAAUGGCAGUUUUACUAGAUGUGAUGGGAAUAUAGAAAAGACAUAUAUAUGUAUUAAUGAAGAAAAUAAAAAAGAUAAAUAUAAUAUAUCAAAUAUAAUCAAGAUAUAUAAUGACAUUAUAGCAUCUUAUAUAUAUAAAAAAAUAAUAAAUAUUGAUUCAUUUAAUAGUUGUAAUAAAAUUCUAAACAUAACUAAAUUUUUAGCUAUUUAUAAUUAUCAUACAUAUAUUUAUAAAGAUAUUUGCCUAAAUUUAAUCAAAUAUACAAAAAAAUUGAAUUUUUCUUACUUAUCGUAUGAAAAUAAAAAUGAAAUUAUUAUAAAUAUUCUUAAUAUUUUUAACUGUAUAUUAUAUAUAUUUUACAAAUAUAUCAUUAAUAAAAGAAUUCAAAUAUGCAAUGAAAAUAAUUAUUUUAUUAUUAUAAAAAAUUUGUUGUUUCAAGGUUUUGUUUACAUAAAUUUUAAUAAUUUAAAAGAUUUAAACGAACAAUAUGAUAAACAGAAUAAACAAAAUUUUGAUAAAAAAAAAAAAGACACUCUAGAAAAAGUAUUAAUGAAUGAAGAAAAUAAAGAAAUUUUAAACAAAAAUUUUUAUGAACAUAUAAACGGAAAUAAAAUAAAUAAAAAUGAAAAAACUAAUGAUAAUAAUUUAUUUGAAAAGUGUUAUAAAUUUAAUAAUGAAUGUUAUUCUUCCAUAGUUCAUAAAGAUGUAAAAAAAAAAAAAAAAAAAUUAUUUUUGUAUAAUUUCUUUUUCUUUAAAUUUUAUGAUAACAUUUUUGGCUUAGAUUACUUUAAUAUAAUUUCAAAUAAUAACUUAAAAAAUGAGUAUUCGAAAAUUAUAAAAGAAGAUAUGAAAAAUAUCAUAAGAGAAAUAAAAAAAAAUAUAAAAUGUAAAAGUAUUGUUAAUGUCUUAAUAGAUGAUGAUUUUUAUGAUAUAAAUGAUGAAGAGAAUAAAAAAAAAAAAAAAAAAAAAGAUAAUAAUGAAAAUCAAUAUAAAAAUAAUUUAUAUGAUAAUAAAUAUUUUGAAAAUAUAAAUUAUAAAGAUUUAACAUAUUAUGCAAAUAUUAGAUAUACAGUUUCUCAUAUUUUUAAUUUUUCAAAACGAUUUUUAUGCCAAGAAAAUAUAUAUAUAAGAUUUAAUUCAUACCUUUGUAUAUUACGGUGUCUUUUUGUUUUUUCAACUCGCCUUUUUGAAUUAUAUCCUAAAAUUCAUCAAAUAUGGGGAUAUAUAAAGAUAAACUUUUCUAAUAAUACAUAUAUGAAUAAUAUAGUUGCUUUAAAUAUAAUAAAUUAUAUAAUAACAAUUGAUGAUAAAUAUUCCUUUGAUAGAAUUUUAAGUGAUAUAAUCCCUCAGAUAUUUGACAAAUUAAAAAGUUUUGAAGUAAAAAAUGAGAUAUCAGAACAAACCUACGAGUACAAAUUUUUAUUUAAUGUAAUGAUAUUCUUUUUAAAUAUUUCAAAAGAAGAAAAAUAUUUUGAGCAAACACAUCCAGAUAUUCUUUUUUUUUGUUUAAAAUGUUUAAAUAAAACAAUUAAUGAGAAAAUUAAAAAAAUAUCUUUAAAUAUCAUUUGUAAUUUAUAUCUUAAUAAUAUUUCAAAGAUAAAAAAAGGUAUAGAGAAUUUAAUAAUCAUAAAGGAUAGAAUAAAUUUUUUUUUAAAUGGGGAAAAUAUUACAGAAAAGCAAAUAUUAGAUAAUAUUUUUUUAAAAGAAAAUGUUAAAGAUGUUUUACUUAUUCAACCAUUAUACUACAUAUCAUGUUUAUUAAAAAUAAAAAACUUAAAAGAAAUAGUUUCCUUAAUAAUACAUUUAGACCAAAAUUUAUUAAAUUUUCUAAUAUUCUAUUUUUCUUUUUUAAAUUAUAAAUAUAAAUAUAAAUGUGGGUUAAAUCAACAUUCAUUAAUUGUGUUUAAUCACUUUAAAUAUUACUAA